AUGAUCGGGAAUUUCAAGAUCGUGCCACGGCCGCCACGCCGGACCUUGAUUUGUCUACUGGGCACUUGCAUUGUGUUAGCAGCCUUGGUCGUGUGUCGACAUACUUCGGAAUCUAUAUUCGAAAUCCGAAGCCGAGAGAACAACCCCUUCCUAUCAAACCACAGGAUUAUGCAUUCGACCAUAAACGAUACCUUGGGCUUCUCCAAAGUCUUUGUCGUGGGUUUGCCCGGGCGCACGGAUAAACGCGAUGCAUUUGCCUUGACAGGCACCCUCACUGGGUUCCACGUGGAAUUUGUGGACGGCGUUCAAGGCGAAUCAGUUCCCGACAAAGCGCUGCCCGCUGGAAUUGACAGGCAAGCGCUAAGAAAUGAGAACUUAGGGAGUUGGAGAGGUCAUAUGAACGUCGUGAGGAGGAUAGUUGAAGAAGAUAUAGAGUCUGCGCUGAUUGUCGAGGAUGAUAUGGACUGGGACGUGCGCCUGAAAACCCAGCUAAAAGAAGUCGCUCAAGGCGCUCGCAGCAUCUUGUCACCUACCGGUGGUACACAGCUUUCUUCGCCUUAUGGUGAUGAUUGGGACGUACUAUGGCUGGGCCACUGCGGCGAAAUAUUCCCUGAGACAUUGCCCGAAAAUCUAGGGAAGCCAGAGUAUCCCAAGUAUACUAUCUAUAACGACGAGACCGUGCCACCUCUGAGCAGGAUCACUGGCCUUGUGGACUUUACCCGGUACCCGGAAUUCACACGCUGGAUUCACGUGUCGGGAGGUCCCAUAUGCAGCUUCGCGUACGCGCUCUCACAGUCAGGCGCUCGCAAAGUCCUCUUCGAUUUGUCAGUGGACCACCUCCGAGGCGCAUUCGAUAACGCGCUUGCCGACCUCUGUAGGGACGGAGCAUCAGGCAACCCCGGUGGGCUUCGAGCCAAGUGCAUCAGUGUAACGCCGCCAAUCUUCUUCCAUCAUCGAGCGAAAGGACGUGUCACAAGAGACAGCGAUAUCCAGGAUUUCGAAAGUGAGGAUCAACCUCUACGCGCGAAGGGGACAACAGAAAACAUAGUGUGGAGCGCGAGGAACAAUAUCAGGAACAUGAUACUUGGCUUGGAGAUGGAGAAUCAGUUUGAAGGCCAGUCGAGCCAUGAUGGAAAUAUGCACAUAAACUAG